AUGGCGUUGUCGGAGAAGGAGAAGUGGUGGCUGGAGGAACAUUUGGAGGAGCUGACAGAGCACCUGGAUCCGAGAGAGACCAUCACUCGACUGAGGACGCUGUUCCCCGACUUGUUCGACUCCAAGGACGAGGACGAAAUUCUCCUGAGGCACGUAACUCCCCUCGAGCAGACCGGGGCGCUGGUGAACCUCUUGAAAACGAGGCCGACGGAGGCUCUGCAGGCGUUUCAUCAGGUGUUGUCGAUAUGUCAGCCUAGUCUGGCCUCUCUACUCUGGCCUGUCAGCUACAGUAUCCUCUGGCACUGCCCGUCUCCCCAGCAUGCAGCAAUGGCCGCCUAUCUCCUGAAGACCUUCACUGACACUGACUUCCUGCCUCCACGGCAAGGAGGUCCAGACCACCUCCUUCGCAGCUCGUGUGGGAGUGGUUUCGGAAAAGAAGGGACUCUAGUUACUCUGGCGUUUCCAUCACGACCAGAACAUUUUCCCAAGAUGGUGAGCGAGAUGUUCAAACAGACAGAGCAGGCAAACCUUGUGAUUCUGACUGGAUCCUGCGAGCCACUAGGUCCGGGAGUGUCCCCCGGACAUGCGGUCGUCCCUCUCUCUGCCGGAGAUGGUGAGGAGACGGUGGCCUGCAGCACUGCACUGAGAGUAAGAGAUCUUCAGGGGCGCCUGGAGGCAAGACUGGGGAGUGCAGUGUGGCUGAAGGAACAAAGUAAAGUCUACAGUCGAUGUGCCUAUCUGGACUACUGCUCUGCCUGGUUGACAAGACUCUACGUUGAGAUGACUGCUGGGACAAAAUCCUCUGAUUGGAUGGAAAGGCAGGGUGUGACGAGGGAGCAGAGAGGGGGUGUGGCUUGUCCAUUUCCCGAGUGGGAGAUGGGAGAACUGGCAAGGCACGUCCUGACCAGGGGGCGGGGCUGGAAUGUUGACCACACCUCCCCACUGGGGAUUUCCCCCAACCCAGAACUAGUGUCUCGUGUCAGGGAGAAAGUCGGUCGUUACGGAUCCUUUCCCUCCCCCAUUAACCCCAUUCCUCCGACUACUCCUCUAUUUAACCCUCUCUCCACUACCAGUGAUGGAGUCUCGUCUUCUUAUGCCUCACAUUUCUUCAAGACCUGUUCUGCCCAGCUGGCCACCGGUACUGACUGGCUGGCCUGUCUGGGGGCGUGUCACAAUACGACCUCUGACACUCCUGAACUCUCCACCCACACCUCUGUCACCAUGGCAAUGGAAAUUGUCCAAAUGCUAAUGUCAAUCAGUGUCAGAUAA